AAGUUUUUCUGUGGCUGGAUUGAGGGAAGCCUUUUAUUCGGACUCGUCGCGAGGAGCCAGGUUUUCCUCCACCUAUCUGUGACGAUAGAGGAGCUGAUGGGCUGCUGAAAAGUAACACUUCUCCGCAGAGCCAAAGGUUGAGCGAGGGAGGGCGGGUGGGGGGUUCGAUACAAAUGUAUCGUUUGUGCUGUUUUUCUCUCUAUAUACGCUACGAUGUAUACAUCCCAUCUGGACUUGGAUGUUGUUAUUCACAAGUCGUUGAAUGAGGAGGAUGUCUGAAGAGGCGGUCCGCCAGACACGCAGCCAGAAGAGAGCGCUGGAGAAAGACGCUCCGGCGGCCCCCUCCGAGCUGUCCGACACCGAGAGCGACGGCAAGAAGCCCAAGAUGGACGACCUCGAGCCAGAAAACCAGUCUGCCCAACCGAACCAUGACGUCAGGCCUGCACUUACUGACGAACAGAGUCCAUCCCGGGUGGAACCCGAGGCGGCGGAGAGUCGCGAGGAACCUGCGCUGAGCCGGCUUCUGCUGCCUUUGGUGCCGACCGAAACGCCUCCGCCGACGAAGGAGGACCCAGAGCAGACCCCUACCCAGACUCUGAUCAAGACCCCGAUCCAGGCUCCGGUCCAGACCCAGACCCAGACCCUGAUCCCGAUCCCGAUCCCGAUCCAGACCCCGACCCCGAUCCUGGCCGCGACCCCGAUCCCAAUCCAGCCCCUGAUCCAGACUCCGACCCCGGCCCGGACCCCGACCCCGACCCAGAUACCGACCUCGCAGUCGGUUGAACCCAUCCCAGACAACCGGACUGACCAAAAGGACCGGGCCGGCAGGGUAAAGGCAGAACCCGCCGUGGUUGUUGAUCCCCGGAGCCGGCUCCGCCCGGCAGAAGCGAAGGGGUCUGGCGGUAUUCUAGCUGCCGGGGAGGUGAAAGCCACCAUUAAAGUGGAGGUUCAGACAGCGGAGCCUGUGGAUAUGAGCACCUCAAAAGGCAACAGCGUAAAGAAGGAGAAGCGUCCGCCAGCCGAUGACGACGAUGACGACGACGACGUCAUCAUCCUAUCAGACAAUGAAUCUUCCAGUCCACCAAUGAACGGCCUAAGCCACUUCAAGGAGCUGGACACCGAUCUGCUCAUGAAGAGCAGCCCAGAAGAGAGGGAGCGCAUCAUCAAGCAGCUGAAAGAGGAGCUCAGGCUGGAGGAGGCCAAACUGGUGCUGCUUAAGAAACUCAGACAGAGUCAGAUCCAGAAGGACACACUUCAGAAGCCCUCGGGCCUGUCUGGCUCCGCCGCUCCCCCCCCCCUGAUCCGGGGAACCAUUACAGGGAAUAAGCUCUCCCAACAGGUCAGCGGUCGCUUGACAAACCUACACACACAAGUAAUUGCGACAGGUCGUAGUUCGGGGACGGUUAUCCCUCCCCCUCUAGUGCGAGGCGGGCAGCAGUUGUCGUCCAAGCAUGGCUCCCAGAUCAUCAUGCCACCUCUCGUAAGAGGGGCCCAGCCCAUCUCUGUUUCUCCACAGCAGAUCCAGGCUCUCCGUCAGCAGCAGCAGGCGCAGCAGCAGCAGCAGCAGCAGCAGCAGCAGCAGCAGUUGGCUGCUUCUGGUGGCCCUGGGUCAGGUCCCCCUCCCUUGCUGUUGGGGACCAGAAUCUCAGCUCCCGGCUCCCAGGGCCAAAGGGGUAUGGGCCAGUCAGGCCUCGUUAGGGUUGGCAAUGUUGGCAAUACUAACUUGCUGGUCAAUAUGUCACAGGCAUCGUCAACCAACUUAAAGGCCUCCUCUAUGACAUCCCAGUCAGGAAGCAGCAACAUGUCUGUGGUCAAUAUAAAUGAUACCCCAGCAAGCCGCCAGGCUGCUGCUAAACUGGCCCUGCGCAAACAAUUGGAAAAGACCCUCUUGGAGAUUCCUCCACCAAAACCCCCUGCGCCAGAAUUCAACUUCUUGCCCUCGGCUGCAAAUAAUGAAUUCAUCUACCUGGUGGGAUUGGAAGAAGUUGUACAAAAUCUGCUUGAUACUAUCCACAGAGGAAAGACGGGUGUUGCAACAUCUAAGCUUAAUCCCAGAGAACCCUUCACCUGCACCCAGUGCAGCACCGACUUCACCUGCCGCUGGAGGCAGGACAAGGCAAAGGGUGGGACCAUCCUCUGUGAGGACUGUAUGUCAUCCAAUCAGAAGAAGGCUUUGAAAGCGGAGCACACCAAUAGGCUCAAAGCUGCGUUCGUGAAGGCCCUGCAGCAGGAGCAGGAAAUAGAGCAGCGCAUCCUUCAGCAGUCCGCCUCACCGGUCUCCCACAGCACCUCCUCCACUUCCUCCUCCUCUUCCUCAUCCCCAUCGAUGAAGGCAGACCAGCUGGGCGCACAGCAGCUGAAGCAAGUCCAGGCGAGGGUGUCCUCCAUGCAGCAUCAGCACCAUCACCAGCAUAGUAGAGGACAGAACAUCGUUCACCACCACUCUUCCAGCAUCAAGCAGAGCCCUCAGGGCCAGCUGUCCCGAGGCACUGUUUCGUCCAUGGGGGUGAGGGGAGUCCCCCACUCGUUCUCCUCCUCCUCCCAGCUGCAGAGCGCAGUAGCAGCCGCGGCCUUGGUCAACCGGCCUGGUAAGCAUGCCCAUGUGUCCCGCCCCUCUGCCCAGAGCUUAAAGGUGAGCAGCAGGGGGAUCAGCGGCAGAAGCAGUGUCAGCGGACACGGAGGUAGUGCAUCAGCCAGUGCAUGGAAGAAGCAGAGCGACAGCCACACAGGAGUAACCAUGGCUUAUGUCAACCCAAGUCUUUCCGGCCAUAAGACCUCAUCCACCGUCGACGCUCGUCAGAGGGAGUACCUUCUGGACAUGAUUCCAUCGCGCUCGAUCUCCCAGACGGCAAACACGUGGAAAUAAAGUGCAAAAAAACUAUCUCAUACUAUUCAUUGUUAUUGAAGUUACUACUUUUUCCUCAGUUCCCAUAAUAUGGUCCACAGCACUCCCCAGAGGACGGUUAAGGAAGUACUCUCUUUUAAAACAAAUGUUUUUGCUUACCUGUUAUGGUUUAUGUUAUAGUUUCCUCUAUUUCAACACUGCUUUUAUUUUUAAGAUCACUGUUUGUGGAUCAUUGUGCAAGAUUGUUUUUACUCAUUUACGGUUAAGAACAUACAAAGUAUCUCACCUGUUUUGUGAAGAUGACCCAGUUUUUAAACAUACAAAACACAGUGUGUGCACACUUGUACACGCUGUUACUGUUCUUUAGUUCUAUGUUGAGGUUCCUCCUGGGGAAAGAUAGCAGUACUCAGUUUUUUGGAGCGUACACGACUUACCUCUGGACAAACCCAGCAAAGAGAUUACACAUUCAUGACAUUUUUAAGUCAAAUGAAUACCUUACUUUUAUAUAUAUGUAUGUAUAUAUAUAUGUGUAUAUAUAUAUAUAUAUAUAUAUAUAUAUAUAUAUAUAUAUAUAUAUAUAUAUAUAUAUAUAUAUAUAUAUAUAUAUAUAUAUAUAUAUAUAUAUAUAUAUAUAUAUAUAUAUAUAUAUAUAUCAGAAUCUCUUCAUACCCUUAAACAAACCCCCUUCACGUUAGGGUUUAAAGACGAUCAGAUAGAUUUGAAAAGCUUUCAGCACAUAACCCCUGUAGUUGGAAGGUUUGAAUUUUCUUUGUAUUUACUUUAAGUUAUUUGUUAUUUUUACUGUUUAAAUUACAAUGUAAAUUGUGGAUUUUGCAAGAAAAUUUUGCUCAAGUUUAUUUUUUUCUGUCGGUUUUUACAGUGCAUGCCGAACUUUAAAUUUAUUCUCAGUUCAUUAUGUUCCAUAGCUCAAAGCAAUAUGGUCUUAUUUCUUUCUACAUCUGUAAUUACCAUCUGUAUUUUGCUUAAUUUACAAUAAUGUCAACCAUGUCAUUUUAUUUUGUGUGUGAGGGAAGUACUGAUGUUAAAGUCAAACUUGCAUAGCUGAAUCGGACAUCAGAGCCAGUUUUGCAUCUAAAUUUGAUCAUUGUCCUUCCAAUAGAUGGGGCCAAUGUAAGGCCUUAAAUCUAUGUAUAGGGCCGUUUUCUUGUAAAAAAAAAAAAAAACUUGGCAAUACAAUAAUAUUCGCUUGUGCCCCUCAUUGUACCGCAUAACUUUUCUUAUCUCCAUUCUGUACCGCAAAGUACAAACUAAUGAUAAUGUUUGUUUGGUUUAUGUUUUUCUCCCUAGCUCCUUAAGAAAUAAAAAAUAUAUACAAGUAA